AUGGCGCCCCGAUCACGAGCUAGCGGCGUAGAUACCGACGCGUCCAUGUCGGAUGCACCUGAGUACCAUCGUGUGGAGGAAAUGGAGGUCGACGAAACCCCAGACUACACAGAUUCAGAUACCAACCCAAACACAACAGCAAGCAGUGUUGUCGGAGAGCAUCCCACUGAUGGACGGAAGCGUCGCUCUGAAGCGAAUCAAUUGCGCCGGAGCAUCUUUGGGCGGAAACACGACCGUUUGGGCGAAUCCAAGGAAGAUGAUACCAUUCGUCGAUUUCGAUAUCUUCUUGGUCUGACCGAUCUGUUCCGCCACUUCAUCGAGACGAACCCUGACCCCAAGAUUCGAGAUAUCAUGGCCGAGAUUGAUCGCCAAAACAAUGAAAUGUCCAAUAGCAAGAAGGGCGCGGGAAGACAAGGAGGAGCUACCAGCGACCGUCGUCGACGAACCGAAGCCGAGGAAGAUGCCGAGUUGCUCAAGGAUGAGAAGCACGGUGGUUCUGCCGAGACUGUCUUCCGCGACUCACCACACUUUGUACAAGGUCAGAUGAGAGAUUAUCAGGUGGCCGGUCUGAACUGGCUCAUAUCCCUUCACGAGAACGGGAUUUCCGGAAUCCUUGCUGACGAAAUGGGUCUCGGCAAGACCCUUCAAACAAUAUCCUUCUUGGGUUAUCUUCGGCACAUAGCGGGAAUUACGGGACCUCACUUGAUCACAGUGCCAAAGUCGACACUCGAUAAUUGGAAGCGAGAGUUUGCCAGGUGGACGCCGGAAGUCAAUGUUUUGGUCCUGCAAGGUGCCAAAGAAGAGCGACACAACCUUAUCAAUGAACGCCUAGUGGACGAAAAGUUCGACGUCUGCAUUACCAGCUACGAAAUGAUUCUUAGAGAAAAAGCACACCUCAAAAAGUUCGCCUGGGAAUACAUUAUCAUUGAUGAGGCACACCGUAUCAAGAACGAAGAGUCCUCGCUGUCUCAAAUCAUCCGAUUGUUUCAGUCUCGAAACCGCCUCCUCAUUACUGGUACCCCUUUGCAGAACAACCUUCAUGAACUUUGGGCUUUGUUGAACUUCCUGUUACCGGAUGUAUUUGGUGACUCGGAAGCCUUCGAUCAAUGGUUCUCUGGCCAAGAUCGCGAUCAAGACACCGUGGUCCAGCAGCUACACAAAGUAUUAAGACCGUUUUUGCUUCGCCGCGUCAAGAGUGAUGUGGAAAAGAGCCUGCUGCCAAAGAAGGAGGUCAAUGUUUAUUUGGGUAUGUCAGACAUGCAGGUCAAAUGGUACAAGAAGAUUCUUGAAAAGGAUAUCGACGCAGUCAAUGGGGCUGGUGGAAAACGAGAGUCGAAGACUCGACUGCUGAACAUCGUCAUGCAGCUGCGCAAGUGCUGUAACCACCCGUAUCUCUUUGAAGGUGCUGAACCAGGCCCCCCGUACACGACAGACGAACACCUGGUAUAUAACGCUGGAAAGAUGGCUGUCCUCGACAAGCUGCUCCUGCGCCUGCAGAAGCAGGGCAGCAGAGUUCUUAUUUUCUCCCAAAUGAGCCGUCUGCUGGAUAUCCUUGAAGAUUAUUGCGUAUUCAGAGACUACAAGUACUGCCGUAUUGAUGGUGGAACUGCCCACGAAGACCGAAUCGCUGCUAUCGACGAUUACAACAAGCCGGGUUCUGAAAAGUUCGUCUUUCUGUUGACGACCCGAGCUGGUGGUCUGGGAAUCAACCUGACAACCGCCGACAUUGUUAUUCUCUACGACAGCGAUUGGAACCCCCAGGCCGAUUUGCAAGCAAUGGAUCGCGCCCAUCGUAUCGGACAAACAAAACAGGUUGUUGUGUAUCGAUUCGUAACUGACAAUGCCAUUGAAGAAAAAGUGCUGGAGCGAGCCGCGCAAAAGCUUCGUCUUGACCAACUUGUUAUUCAACAGGGUCGCGCGCAAAUUGCAGCCAAGGCUGCCGCGAACAAGGACGAACUGUUGUCCAUGAUUCAGCACGGCGCAGAGAAGGUGUUCCAGUCCAAGGGUGCAACAGGGGAUUUGCAGGGCAAAAGGGAUCUUAAUGACGACGACAUCGAUGCCAUUCUCAAUCAAGGAGAGGACAGAACCAAGGAACUCAACGCCAAGUACGAGAAGCUGGGAAUUGAUGACCUGCAAAAGUUUACAUCCGAGUCUGCCUAUCAAUGGAAUGGCGAAAACUUUGCCAAUGUCAAGAAGGAUAUCAGCAUGAACUGGAUUAACCCAGCGAAGCGUGAGCGCAAGGAGCAGUCGUACUCUAUGGAUAAAUACUUUCGACAAGCCAUGUACGGCGACCCCAAGGGUGACGGCAAACCCAAGGCGCCCCGAGCGCCCAAGCAGAUUCCUGUGCAAGACUACCAAUUCUACCCACCACGACUCCGUGACCUCCAAGACAGGGAGACAGCCUACUACAGAAAGGAGAUUGGGUACAAGAUUCCCCUUCCGGAUGGUGACGAGGACACUCUGUCUGAUCGAGAAGCUGAACGGGCGCUCGAUCAACAAGAGAUUGACAACGCCACUCCAUUGACUGAAGAGGAGAAGAAAGAGAAGGAGGAACUGUCAACAAAGGGGUUCGGUAACUGGAGCCGAAGAGAUUUCCAGCAGUUUGUCAACGGCUCGGGCAAGUACGGACGCCACGACUAUGAGGGCAUAUCCAACGAAAUCGAUAGCAAGACGCCUUCAGAAAUCAAAGCAUAUGCGAAGGUCUUUUGGCAACGGUAUACCGAAAUUGCCGACUACACAAAGUCCAUCAAGGUUAUUGAAGACGGCGAAGAGCGUACUCGCAAAAUUGAGAACCAGCGCAAGCUCCUCCGCAAGAAGAUGUCUCAGUAUAGAGUGCCGCUGCAGCAACUCAAGAUUAACUACUCGGUGUCCACUACCAACAAGAAGGUGUACACUGAGGAGGAAGACAGAUUCCUGCUGGUACUUCUUGAUCGGUACGGAAUCGACUCAGAAGGGCUCUAUGAGAAGAUGCGUGAUGACAUCCGCGACUCGCCUCUUUUCCGGUUCGAUUGGUUUUUCCUGAGCAGAACCCCAACUGAGCUCUCCCGCCGCUGCACGACGCUCAUCACCACAAUUGUCAAAGAAUUUGAAGAUAUUCCGGCCCGAGGAUCCAACGGCGUCAAUGGCAAAACUAAGCGUGAGCCAGAUGACGAGAAUGACGAGGACAGCGUGCUUGGUGCACCGGCAAAGAAAAAGUCCAAGAAUGGCGUUAAGAACAAAGCUCUGGACAAUGUCAAAUCAAGCAAAGCAUCUUCCAGGGCCCCAUCUCGCGCAUCAAGCGUGGCGUCUACAGGCUCAAACACCACAUCCAAGGGGAAGAAGGGCAAGAAGAGAAAGUAA